AUGCUGAAGAGAGUUGAUCCAACCAACACCGUUCUUAUUACUUAUUUUCAAAACAUUGAUACUUCUGUUGAAACCGGGGUUCUAUUGGCUAGAGAGGAAGAUAAGAAAUCAAAAUGUUUGAAGAAGGUUGUUGCUGAAUCUUCUACGAAAUUUGUUAAAGAAUCUACAUCAGCAAAGUGUCCAAAGAAAGUACCAAUCUCAGAGCUUGAGCCAAUCCAACCAAAUGUUGUUAUUGCUGACACUCCUUCGACUCAAAAGGGAAUUAUUCCUUCGAAGACUGGAGUUUUUCGAAGAAUCAAGAUGAAGUCUAAGCACAACAGUCGCUCACAUUUGACCAAUGUUGUUCGUAAACCGCACGUUUCGCAUCAAGGAGUCAUUUUUCGUGAGAUUCCUGCCCCUGCAUCACCGUCUUCUAAGAAGCGAAGGGAAACAGACAUGGCCAAACAUAUUUCAAAAAAGAAGACGAAGGGAAGAGUGUUUAUUUCAUCAAAAUCUAUAGCUGAUGAAACUGAAACCAUUCCAGAGACACCAGGAGCUGAUCUUCAAAAAGAUAUUGUAAUACCACUCGAAGUUUCGAUUGCCAAGACCGUUUCUGUGGAGGCACAAACUUCUGACAUUAUUGUAAAUAUAUCUAAUAUGGAUGCAAGUGUCACAAUGGGUGAGGAUGCUUCAUAUGUUGAAGACAAAGGUAAAUCUUCGAAUGUUACCCCAGACACAACUGUUUCUUUAUCUUCACAGGAGCUUAAAGCUUUAUCUUCUGCACCUGUUUCGUCUUCUUUACUCUCUUCUGAAGAUCUUAUCUACAAAAUUUCUAAAUUCGAAGCCUUACUUAUUCAGUAG